AUGCCAGCUGUGGACUUCAGCUGCUGGUUUCCCUUGCAUGAAAUCAAAAUAGAUCACAGAGCCCAGCACAGAGCUGGGACACAUGAGCUGCACAGCCUGUAUUCUUUGGGCGAAGAAAAUUAGCUGCUGUGGGAGAAACCAGAGCAGGUGAAGCUGAACUGGGCAGUGCCCAUUGCCGGCCAAAGAACAGAAAGAGGAAGACAAAUGCUUGGAAGGAAAGAGGGAAAAACGACAAAGAGCCAGUGUGGGAAGCUCUUCUCCUGCUUUCCCUUUUACUCUUUUGGUUUCUUUAUUUAG